GCCAAAGCCAGGAGAACAUUAGCGCAUGAAAAGCUUUGAUAAAGAGAACAGAUCUGGAUAUUGAGGGGUGAGGAGCUGUCUGGGAGAUUUAAAAAAAUAAAAAAAAAGAUUUAUUAUUUUUCUUAAAAGAGGAGGAGGACGGGGGUGGAAAGAGAGAUAUAAGGAGUUAAUUUAAAACAAACAAACAAACAAACAAAAAACAAACAUGUUGCCUUCCCAAGAAGCCUCCAAGAUCUACCAUGACAAUUAUAUGCGCAACUCCCGGGCCAUCGGGGUGCUUUGGGCCAUCUUUACCAUCUGCUUCGCCAUCGUCAACGUUGUGGUGUUCAUCCAGCCCUACUGGAUCGGCGACAGCGUCAACACGCCUCAGGCCGGCUACUUCGGCCUCUUCCACUACUGCGUGGGCACCGGACCGUCGCCCAACCGGGAGCUCACCUGCGUGGGCAGCUUCUCCGACUUCAGCUCCAUCCCGUCCGGAGCCUUCAAAGUGGCUUCGGUGUUCGUGCUGCUGUCCAUGGUGCUGACCCUCAGCUGCAUCGCCUGCAUGGCGCUCUUCUUCUUCUGCAACACCUCCACCGUUUACAAGACCUGCGCCUGGAUGCAGCUGUUGUGCGGAGUGUGCCUGGUGCUGGGUUGCAUGAUCUUUCCUGACGGAUGGGAUGCCGAGGUGAUCCGGGACAUGUGCGGGGAGCAGGCGGGGAAAUACUCUCUGGGUGACUGCUCUGUACGCUGGGCCUACAUGCUGGCCAUCAUGGGCAUCCUGGACGCCCUCAUCCUCUCCUUCUUGGCCUUUGUCCUGGGCAACCGGCAGACAGAUUUCUAUCUUGACGACUUGCAGACAGACAACAAAGAUUUUGCUGUGUCAAGGAUUGAGGUUCGGGACAGAAGAGAGCCACGGUAUGGAGUGCAGCGUCUUCACUGA